AUGCCACCUCGCCGACGUGCUCUCAACAUACCCCAGACUUCAUCCCCUGCUACUGUAGCUCCUCCUGCCAACACACCCCAGACUUUAUCUCCUGCCACUGUAGCUCCUGUCAAUACACCACAGAUUUUAUCCCCUGCCGCUGCCGCUCCUGUCAACACGCCACAGACUUUACCCUCUGACGCUGCUGCUCCUGUCAACACACCACAGACUUUACCCCCUGCUGCUGCAAUUCCCCCUGUUGCAGCCUCCCUCACUGCAGCUCCCCGAAUUGCAGUGACUGAAGCUCUCCGGAAUCCUCGCAAAACUCGACGGCCCACCAAAAAGCAGCGAGGCGGUGCAGCUCCCAGGGCUGGUCCAAGCCACGCAGCGGAUGACGGCGAGUUCAUCAAUCUUGACGUCAUCGACGAUGUCAACGAGGAAGACGAUGACCACCUACUAACACCAGUGGAAGUGGCCUGCACAGGCCCCAGCCCACUUCAAACGCUUACAGGUAGCGAUACAACCCGAUCCAAUCCCUUGGCCACGGGGCGUCGAACAAAACAGUCAGGAUCGGAGGUACACCAUUUUUUCACAAAAGAUGCAACAUCAGGACAGCGCGUAUGUACACCCUGUGUGUGA